GGCUCAAGAAGUCUCCCCGAGGUGAGGUCAGAGAACCUCGCCGCAUCUCCCACCCUAACUAUCAGUCUGUAGUGCUUCAUAUCCCUUCUGCCGUCAUCACCCUCCUAUAUUUCCGCUCUGAUAAACAACCAUGGCUCGAACAGUCUCGAAGGAACAGCUCUCCAAAGCCACCAGAUUAUCUACGUGGUCCCCGGUAUUCAAGAUCGAUUCCAAGACGAUCAUGAAAACCGGAGACAUCGUCCGCAUGGCAGAAGCCGAGGUAAUGAAAUUCGUCCAUGCCAACACCUCCAUCCCCGUCCCAGAGGUCCACAGCGCAUACCGAGAUGAAGCCUCAGGGCAUGUCGUCAUCCUCAUGGACUUUGUGGAGGGCGAGAACCUCGACAAGGCCUGGCCGCGAUACACGGAAGCCGAACGGGAGUCGGUCAUUUCGCAGCUCCGCGGUUACAUGGCGCAGCUCCGCAGCUUCAAGGGCACCUUCAUUGGGAGCAUCGACGGCACGGCGUGCAACGACCAGUAUUUCUGCGAAGAGCCGGAAGGAUACGGACCCUAUCAAUCCGAAGAGGAGUUCAACCAGGGAAUCGUGGCGGCGAUGAAGAAGGAUCGGCCAUACACCUUUGUUGACUGGAAAUGCGAUGUCUGGACGAACGUCCUGAAGGGCCACGAAAUUGUUCUGACGCACAACGACUUGGACCCGCGGAACAUUCUAGUCCAAGGCUCCAAGGUCGUUGCUAUCCUUGACUGGGAGCUCUCUGGUUACUACCCCGAAUACUGGGAGUACUGCAAGGCGGUGGGGGCCUCUGGCUGGGAAGAUGCAUGGAGUCGGAGUCGAGCGGUGGAUCAAAUCCUCAAGCCCUAUCACCAAGAACUAGCUGUCUUCUGGAAUUCUCGAGAGGUUAUUCACUAAGGAUCAAAGGUUUGUAUAGUUAAAGUAUGCUUUGGAAGUAAAUGGGUUCAAUUUUAGACCACCGCCUCUGCCUAGAUUACUAGGAGAAUGGAUCUAAUUAGAUUGUUU